GCCGCAGCGGCCGCUGCGUGCGGACUAUGGAGCACCGCAUCGUGGGCCCCGGGCCAUACCGGGCCACCAAGCUGUGGAAUGAAACAGUUGAGCUUUUUCGUGCUAGGAUGCCAUUGCGGAAACAUCGCUGUCGUUUCAAAAGUUAUGAACAUUGCUUCACGGCGGCUGAAGCUGUGGAUUGGCUACACGAGCUGCUGAGGUGCAGUCAAAACUUUGGCCCUGAAGUGACCCGCAAACAAACGGUGCAGCUGCUUAAAAAAUUUCUGAAGAAUCAUGUUAUUGAAGACAUCAAGGGAAAGUGGGGUCAGGAAGAUUUUGAAGACAAUGGUCACUUGUACAG